AUGGCAGCCUCCGUCGCGUCGGCUGGACUAAUACGUAACGUCAAUAACAACUUAGCAAUAUUUUACCCAAAGAUUUUGUUUCACCAAGUACACAGGCGAUGUAUAAUUAGGCGAAUAUGCGCAUCCCGACCUAAAAGCCACUCGCGUCUGAAAAGUAAAAGUGCCCCCAAGGAGUUGACCGGGGUUGUGGGUUUGGAGAUCCAUGCUCAGAUACACUCCAACUCUAAACUGUUCUCCGGCUCACAAGUUGGCUUUUCAGCACCGCCAAAUUCCCUGGUGUCGUUCUUUGAUGCCUCUCUACCUGGAACGUUACCGGUCCUCAACAGACGAUGUGUUGAGGCUGCAGUUAUGACAGCAUUAGCUCUCAGCUGCACCAUAAACAAGAUCUCGCUUUUUGACAGAAAGCACUACUUCUAUGCUGACCUCCCUGCUGGCUACCAGAUCACACAGCAGCGGCAGCCCAUCGCAGUAGAUGGCACGCUGACAUACAGCCACAUGGGAGGGACCAAAAGAAGCCAAGUGCUCACCAAGACAGUACGGAUCAAACAGAUUCAGCUGGAGCAGGACAGCGGCAAGAGUCUCCACGAUGACCAUCGCAGCCAGACACUCAUUGACCUCAACAGAGCGGGCGUUGGUCUGAUGGAGCUGGUGAUGGAGCCAGAGAUGAGCUGUGGCGAGGAGGCUGCCGCAGCGGUCCGGGAGCUUCAGCUCAUACUUCAGACGCUGGGCACCUGUCAAGGGAACAUGUCUGAGGGCCAGCUGAGAGUAGAUGCCAACGUGUCUGUCCACAGGCCAGGGGAGCCCAUGGGCAUCAGGACGGAGGUUAAAAAUAUCAACAGUGCCAGAUUCCUGGCCAGAGCUAUAGACUAUGAGAUCCAGAGACAGAAAGGUGUUCUGGAGAGCGGGGGGACAGUGCAAAACGAGACACGGGCCUACGAUUCCAAAUCGGGAGAGACUGUGCCAAUGAGAGAUAAGGAGGAUCUUCAGGACUAUAGGUUUAUGCCAGAGCCCAACCUGCCCCCUCUGAUUGUGUAUGAGGACAACACAUUAUUGCCUGCUGGCGUCUUGGCGUGCCAGGCGGUGGUGGUGGAGGGAGUUAGGGAGGGCCUGCCUGAGCUGCCCAGCAUCAAGAGGGACAGACUGGUGCACACACAUGGCAUCCUGCCCGAGCACAGCUUCACCCUGGUUGGUGAGGAUGGGUUGAUGGACUACUUUGAGGCGGUGGUGAAGAAGACGAAGAAACAGCCGAGGAAGGUCAUCGGCUGGGUUAUAAAUGAGCUUUUGGGUCACCUCAGACAGCAGGACCUCAGUGUGAUACAAAGCCCCAUCUCCCCCUCUGCCCUGGCUGAGCUGCUGGAAUUCCAUGAGACGGGACACAUCUCCUCCUCCGCUGCCAAGCAGGUUUUCCAGGAGAUGUGGAAAAGCCCUGGGAAGACGGCCCACCAGAUAAUCCAAGAGCAGGACCUGCAGAUGGUUAGCAACACCACAAAGUUACACGACAUUUGUCAGAGGGUGGUUGACUCCCACCCUGAGGAGGUCCAGGCUAUCAAAAACGGGAACAAAAAAGUUCUUAACAAACUGAUUGGCUUGGUUCAAAAAGAGACCAAGGGCCGGGCUGACCCAGUGUCGAUGCGGGCCAUCCUUGAGGAGAAGACUUCUUCAUGAACGUCAGACUGUUCUUAGACGUUAUAACAUCAUGCCGCCACCACAAUCACCAAGGCUGAGAUCGGGCUUAUGACACGUAUUACUUUUGCCUUCAUUAAAAAAAAGGUAAUGAUGCCUUGAUGUAAAUGUGAAUACAGAGAUACACAAGAGAUGAUAUGUCCUUGAUAUUUAAUUUUUAGAGGUGUCGUGUAUAGAUUCACUAGAAGGGACAUGCAUUGUUUUGUAUUUUCUGCAGUUGUGAAGCUGUAACUUUGGUGCACUUUCUGUGUGAUGUGAAAUAUAAGCAAGCCAGACAGAAUAU